UUAUUUUAAUGACAUGGGUUUUUCAUACAAUUUUUUUUACUUGUUACUCUUUAAUUUUCUAAAUGCCAAUUGCGAUAAAAGCUUAUCAUUAUAUAAUGGUGUUAAUAAUGUAAUCGAAUUUGAUGAUUCAAAUGUAGAUACCUUAAUUUUCAAUAAGCCAUAUGCAUGGUAUAUAAAAUGGUAUCUUCAUUAUUGCCCUCAUUGUAAACAAUAUUCAAAAGUAUGGAAACGUCUUGCUGAUGAAACAAAAGAAUGGGCAGAUGUCUUAAGGCUGGGGGCAAUAAAUUGUGGUGAUAAUAUUGAUACUACUAAUAUAUGUCAACAAUUUGGAGUUCUUAAUUUUCCAGCCCUCUUUUUUUUCCCACCAUUUGCUAGUACUACCAUUUUACCUAUAUCAACAAUUGUACCUGCACAUUAUGAUGAUCUUAAAAUGGAGGUCAUUCAACAGUUAAAAAGGGUUAUGAUUAAUGAUAAGAACAAUACAUUGAAAUGGCCAAAUUUUUUAGAAGUUAAAGGAGAUAGGUCUUAUAUGGAAUCGUUUUAUUUGGAUUCAGCUCGUAAUGGCUCAACAAUCAUCAUCGAGGAAUCGGAUAGCGCUUUUGGUUCUCAGAUCAUUUUAGAUAUGAACGGCCUUCUAGUCAAAAACAGGGUUUCUUUUUUCCGAAUAUCUCCUAUCACGGCACUCCAAUAUCUCGAAAUCUUAUCCAAAUACACAGGGCUCACUUCGCAACACCUCAAAUCUUUGAUUAUCCAAAUUCGAAUCUCUGUCGACAAAAAUAUGACAGAUGAUUAUUUCGAAAAUUAUAACAAUGUCUUACAUCGAUUCCUAAUCAAGAGAAAUAUUGUAACUGACAAUGAGGAUCAAAUUCCUCCUAGGGACGGCGAUGGAGCUUUGCUGGUUAAGUUGUUUGCCAAACCAAAUAAAGCCAAAUUUCUUCUUUUUACCAAUAGCUCAACUUAUGAGCCACGUCAACUAAUAAACGAUCUUAAUAUAGUCAAUUACUUAAAAUCUACGAUUGCAACUAAAUCUUCCACUCGAUCCCCAACCACAACAUCAGCUCAAUAUAUUAACGAAGUGGACACUAUCAUCAAUCAAAAUACCAAAUUUGAAGGCCAUUACAAUUGUGUAUUUGUUGAAGAUCUCGAGUACGCACUCUACAACAUGUUAACUCAAGAAGUUCCACGACGAGUCAAAUUUGAUCCUCGUUCUCGCACCUCAUUGGCUCGUAUGAUUCACGUGAUUGGUUUGUUUUAUCCCAGAUAUGGAGACCAACGCGUUAACCAAUUUUUGACGCGCAUGAAACACGAUCUUUUUUCGACUAUCGGAAUUCCCUCUAUCUUUAAUACCACUCUUGUGAAUAUCCCGUUAACUAAUAAGGAUUUUGUGAGAUAUAUGAAAACUCAUAACGUUUCAAGCUAUGUUUUUCCUCCCGAACAUCGAAAAUGGAUAGGUUGCAAGGGCAGUCAACCCACCCUGAGAGGUUACACCUGUGGUCUCUGGACUUUAUUCCACACUUUAACCGUCAACGCUUAUAAAAAUUCCGUUACUCAUGCUUACCAAGACGGUCUCCUUACUUUGCUAAUUAUCCGGGAUUAUCUCCGUGACUUUUUCGGUUGCCGUGAAUGCACCACUCACUUCUUGGCCAUGAGUUCCGAUCUCCUAACGGCUUACCAGUCUAUUUCUCUAAAUUUGUUCGAAAACCAACCCAUACAACCAGUUCUUAAACAAAAUUUAUCCGUCAGAUCGAGUCGUUACCGUAGAAAUUUGCGAUAUCGUCAAAUUCAAUCAGAUCAAUCUUCCAACGAUCUCAAUCAAAAUUUUAACAAUGCUCUCUUGAAUAAACCCUUUUCUCUGCCUGAUAGCAAGCGAAGACUGCCAAAAUACCCAUCCACAGCCUUAUUUUGGUUCUGGGCCGCCCAUAACACUGUUAAUUCUCGUUUAGCCAAAGAUUCGAAAUCAAAUAGUUCUAGUAACGACCCCCUAGCUCCUAAAAUAUUAUUCCCCCCUACAUCAUUAUGUUAUAAUUGUCGAAUUUUUAUUAACGAUGGUAUCCAUUAUGGUAAAUACUGGAAUCGAAACAACCUGUUACAGUUUAUGACGCUUUAUUAUGGGAGGGAUAGACCUUUCGAAGGAAGGGACUUAGUAAAUGGUAAAUGUGCUAAGAUAUCAGACUGAGGAUAGAAACGAUUUAUCUUUUCCGCGCAUAUAAUUUUAAAAUGAUUAGUAAUUAAUGGUUCCUUAAAAAAUAUCAACCCAUUAAUUUUAAUUCUUAAUGUAUAUUAAAUUUUCAUACGUUACUCUCAAUGUAAAGAAUUUCAAUAUUACAAUCUCUAAACAUACUUCUAAUAUAAAUUUAAUUCAUAAUAAAAUAUUUAUAUAAAAAUUUUUAUGAUUACUCUAUUUUAAUAUUAGUCCAAUUUUUUUACGUUUUCAUUUUAAUACAUUUUUAUAUAUAAUAUCAAUACAGAGGUACAAAAUAUGUUAUAAAGUUUUAUAUAUAUUUUUUUUUAUUAAACUUAGACUAUUUAAAUUUAUUUUAAUUUACAUUCAAUUUAUUUUACAAACAAAACUAGUCAAUUAUACAUUCAACAAAAUUGUGUUUAUUAUCCUAUUUCUAUACCAAAUUAACCGGUGAUCUGAUUCUCAAUGUAAAAAGUUAUAUACACUUUCAAGUGUAGUGUACCGCAUAUGAUCUUAUUUAUUUUCUUAUAUUUAAAUCUUAUUGUAUGAUUAAAUUUAAAAAAAAUAUUAUUUAUUUUUUAAUGUUAAAGAUUUCUUAUAUUUAAAAUCUUAUUA